AUGGAGCCAUCUAACGAGAGGGGAAUCAGCAUUGCUAUCGAUAGAGGUGGCACCUUCACUGACUGUGUAGGAAACCCCGGAACCGGCCGAUUAGAAGAUGACAUUGUGAUCAAGCUUCUCUCUGAAGACCCUUCCAAUUAUGAGGAUGCUCCCCUUGAAGGUAUUCGGAGAAUUCUCUCUAGGUUCACGGGACGCGAGAUCCUUAGAGGGGUCCCUAUUGAUACAUCGCUGAUCCAGAGCAUCCGCAUGGGCACCACCGUUGCAACGAACGCCCUGCUUGAGCGUAAAGGAGAAACGAUUGUGCUCGUGGUCAGCAAAGGCUUCCGUGACUGCCUACAGAUUGGGAAUCAAUCGCGACCCCGGAUCUUUGAUUUAGCAAUCAAGCGUCCCGACGUACUGUAUGAGGAAGUAGUAGAAGUGGAUGAACGAGUUACUUUGGAGGAUUAUGCGGAGGAUCCGCAACGCCAUAUCACGGAGAUCACUGAUACGCAGACCCCUGAUGCUGAGAUUGUCCGUGGUCUUUCUUCCGAGGCCGUUCGUAUCCUGAAACGUCCGUCCGAGAGUGUGGUGAGAUCACAGCUCCAGAAAGUCUUCCAAAAGGGAAUUCGAAGCAUCGCCGUAUGUCUCAUGCACGGCUAUACUUUUCCAGAUCACGAGGCAUUGAUCGGACGACUUGCAACUGAAAUCGGUUUCCAUCACGUCAGCCUAAGUCACCAGCUGAUGCCAAUGAUUAAGCUUGUACCUCGAGCAACUUCGGCCUGUGCUGAUGCAUAUUUGACCCCAACUAUCAAGAAAUAUAUCUCUGGUUUCCAAGCAGGGUUUGAGGGCGGCCUCGGAAGCGCGAGUGUCAAGCGACAGGAAGGUGCUCGAGGUGCCCGCUGUGAAGUCAUGCAGUCGGAUGGAGGCUUGGUCGACGUAGACUCAUUCUCAGGCCUGCGAGCAAUCCUGUCCGGCCCUGCCGGGGGAGUAGUUGGCUACGCCCUGACUUCAUACGACCCCGUGUCCAAAAUCCCAGUUAUUGGGUUUGACAUGGGUGGGACAAGCACAGAUGUCAGCAGGUACGGCUCCGGCCGUUAUGAACAUGUCUUAGAGACCACCACGGCUGGGGUCACGAUCCAGUCGCCGCAGCUAGAUAUCAACACCGUAGCAGCUGGCGGGGGCUCCCAACUCUUUUACCGCAAUGGCCUUUUUGUUGUUGGCCCAGAAUCUGCUGGUGCACACCCCGGACCUGCGUGCUAUCGGAAAAGAGGCCCUCUCACCGUGACAGACGCCAAUCUCUUUCUCGGUAGACUAAUCCCCGAUUUCUUUCCUAACAUCUUCGGUCCAAACGAGGAUCAGGGGUUGGAUGAACGGGUGACUCGGAAGCUAUUCGAGCAGUUGACACAUGAGAUCAAUGAAGAACUAUCCAGAGGUGGACAAAAUAAGAGAAUGGCCCCGGAUGAGGUGGCUUUUGGCUUUAUCAAGGUCGCCAAUGAGACAAUGACUCGGCCGAUUCGGUCUUUAACCGAAGCAAAGGGCCAUGACACUUCAAAGCAUAGGCUGGCCACGUUUGGAGGUGCAGGUGGGCAGCAUGCCGUAGCUAUCGCAGAGAAUCUGGGUAUUCGUCAAAUUCUGAUUCAUCGAUAUUCAUCUGUGCUUUCUGCAUAUGGAAUGGCCCUGGCAGAUGUGGUUGAUGAAAAUCAGGAGCCAGAAUCGAAGACAUGGGGCGAUUGUCAAGAAGUGAGACAGGAGCUUGCAAAGAAGAUGGACCAGCUGAAGCAGAGAUCGACGAGGCGAUUGCAUGAGCAGGACUUUGACGGAGAGUCGGUCGUCUUCGAAGAGUACUUGAACAUGCGAUACCGCGGCACGGAAUCUGCUCUGAUGAUUCUUAAACCCAGCAAGGAAGAAGCUGAUCGCCUCUUUGAAGGUGACGAAUGGGCUUUUGGCAAAGCAUUUGUUCGACAGCAUGACCAGGAGUUCGGUUUUACUCUCCCAGACCGCGACAUCAUUGUGGAUGAUGUGCGCGUCAGAGGGAUUGGAAAGAGCUUCAAGGCAUCCGAGAAGACCAUUGACCAACAGCUUCAAGACUCGAAGCCCAUGGAUGUCGUAGGUCGCGAGCAUCGAACUUCUGAGGUGUACUUUGAAGGAGGCCGGCAUGAGACACCCAUCUACAAACUCGAUGACCUGCAGGUGAACGAUCGGGUGAAGGGACCAGCCAUGCUCGCCGAUGACACUCAAACUAUCGUGAUAACCCCGGGGGCCUCGGCUCUUCUCACAAAGACUCAUGUUGUGAUCAACGUCGGCGAUUCAGAAGCCAAUCUUCCUCAAAUUAGCACGGACACGGUAGACCCUAUUCUACUGAGUGUCUUUUCCCAUCGAUUCAUGGCCAUUGCCGAACAGAUGGGCCGUGCACUCCAGAAAACAAGUGUAAGCACCAACGUCAAAGAGCGCCUUGACUACUCGUGUGCACUUUUCGACGCGCAAGGUGGCCUCGUUGCAAACGCCCCUCACUUGCCCGUUCAUUUGGGCAGUAUGUCGACGUGUGUUCGGAUGCAGGCACAGAUAUGGCAAGGCAAAUUGCAGCCUGGCGAUGUCAUUGUUUCAAACCACCCAGAAUUUGGAGGGACUCAUUUGCCCGACAUUACAGUUCUUGAGCCUGCCUUCAGCCAGGAAAAGGUCAUCUUCUUUGUGGCCUCCCGGGCACAUCAUGCCGAUAUUGGCGGUAUUCUUCCCGGCUCCAUGCCUCCCCAUUCAAAAGAACUCUACCAGGAAGGAGCCACGAUAAGAAGCGAGAAACUGGUAUCCGAAGGCAAAUUCAAUGAGCAGCGUAUCACGGAGCUGCUCUACCACGAGCCGGCCCGAUAUCCCAAUUGCAGUGGAACUCGCUGUCUUGCUGAUAAUCUGAACGAUCUGAAGGCUCAGAUUGCCGCCAAUAAGAAAGGAAUCAAAUUGAUUAGCACCUUGAUCGAGGAAUACGGUGAACAUGUGGUGCUGUUCUAUAUGCGUCAAAUUCAAGACAAUGCCGAGCUUAGUGUACGUAAUUUGCUGAAAGAGGUCAGCGAGAAGUUUGCGGGUCGUAACUUGGGCGCCGUGGACUAUAUGGAUGACGGGACACCCAUCCAACUGAAGAUUUCCAUUGAUGCCGAGAAGGGUGAGGCAGUAUUCGACUUUGAUGGGACGGGUCCGGAGGUAUACGGCAACGUCAAUGCUCCCGAGGCUGUCACGUACUCCGCGAUCAUAUACUGUCUGCGGUGUCUCAUCUCGGCAGACAUCCCGCUAAACCAAGGCUGCCUGAAGCCAAUCAAUGUCAUAAUUCCACCCGGAAGUCUUCUUUCUCCUUCCGAAUCCGCAGCGGUGGUUGGAGGCAAUGUUUUGACAAGUCAACGCGUUACCGACGUGAUUUUGAAAUGCUUCCAGGCCUGCGCUGCCUCCCAGGGUGAUACCAACAAUUUGACAUUCGGGUUUGGUGGUAACAUGCAAGGUGAGGCCGAAAAGAAAGGCUUCGGAUACUACGAGACGAUCGCCGGUGGAAGCGGUGCAGGGCCGGACUGGGAAGGCACCUCGGGGGUGCACACACAUAUGACCAACACCCGUAUCACCGAUGCCGAGGUUUUUGAGAGACGUUACCCGGUCUUGCUCCGGGAGUUCAGCAUUAGAGCCAACUCCGGCGGUGAUGGACAGCACCGCGGUGGAGACGGUGUUGUCCGGGAUAUUGAGUUCCGCAUCCCAGUGCAGGUUUCAAUUCUCUCUGAACGUCGAAUCUACCAUCCCUAUGGCUUGUAUGGGGGCGAGGACGCUCAAUGCGGUCAGAACAUCUGGGUCCGCCGUGUGCAAAAUGCUGAUGGGGACUGGGUGGAAAGAUAUAUCAGUCUAGGGGGGAAAAACUCUGCCCAGAUGGAACCGGGCGAGAGGAUCAUCAUUCGAACCCCUGGUGGCGGAGGAUGGGGUAGAGUUGGAGGUCAAUCACAGCUUUCACGCGAGCAAGAUGCUUGUCAUAGCUGGCGUGGUGGCUCUAUUGCCGCCCACGCAGCGACUCAAGAAGCAAGCAUGUAG